AUGGUCAAUGUUCAAAUGAAAGAGGAAACAAGACAAGAGGAGGUCAACUUGGAUGUCAAAGAUAAAAAAAAUGUGUUGGAGGACAAGCAAAAAAUUGAAGAUGUGGAACAAGAGAGAGCUCAAAAGAAAACAAACAGAGAUAAUGAGAAACCAGUGAAGGAAGACCAAAACUGGGUGGAAGAGGAAAGUAAUGUUAAAGACAUGGGACAUGCAGAUGAAAAGACAGAAGGUGAAAGUAAGGUAUUGGAGACGGGGAAAGAAGGUGAUCAGACUGUGGAAAAGGAGUUUCUGAAAGACCAAGUACAGAUAAAGCCCUCUUCUAAGGAAGUUGUAGACUGGACAGACGUCAAGGAAGCAGAGAUUAAAGAGGAGAUCCACAAUGAUGUGUGUGAGGAACAUCAGGACAUUACAGUGACCAAAUCUGUUUUGCGGGACUUUAAAAAUGAAGACAGUGUCACCCUGAAGGACUCUAAGACCAACUCUGCAAACUUUCCUCUCAAAGUUUCCUCUCUUGAUGAAGCCACAGGAGCAACAAACACGAAGGUUGAGACUAAAGAGCUGAUCCAAAAUGAUGUGGCUGAGUACCAACAGGACAUACCUGUGACUGAAUCUAUUUUUAGUGACCCAAAAAUUGAGGAUAAUGAUAUUUCGCUUAAGGACACUAAGACCAACUCUGCAUGUUUCCAGGAGAUUACAGUUGGCCAACAAACACUGGAAGAGAGAAAUGUGAAGGACAAAGGGCAAAAUAGACUAGAAGAAGAGAGAAAGAAGAUGGAGGACCAAGAAAAGAAAUGGGUGGAAGAGGAAAUAAGAAAGGGAGAGAUGAUCAUAAUGAAGAAGCAAAAGAAGAGAGAGGAAGAGAACAGAAGGGUGGAGGACGAAAGAAAGGAAGAGGCAGUGAGGUUGGAGAUGAACAGAGAGAGAAUGGAGGAAGAGAAAAAGAUGAUGGAUGCAAACAAUGACGAUAAUCUGUUAAGGAUUCAGGAGGAGGAGAGAAUGAGAGCUCUGAAAUUAGAAAAGAGGAACAGAGUGACAGACGAACAGCUAACAGACACCUGGACAGAAGCAGUGAAUUUAGAAGUGAAAUACUCAGAUGAUGAGGACUGGAUAGACUCUGAACGUGAUAAUGAAAUCAAGAUCCAGACAGAUGAGAAGCAGCAGGACCUUGAGAGUGAGUUGGAGGAGAGCAUUGAUAAAGAACUGAGCCAUGGAGAGCACAGUGACAUAGAGAAUAAACUGGCAGAGAAAGAGGUUGAGAGAAGCCCAACUUCUAAGGCAGAGCAGUCUGGAAAAUCAUCAGUCCAAGAUGAAGAACACUUGCGGAGCCCUGAAGUGACAGCACAUGCAAACCCACAGUAUACUCAAUAUUUGAAGUCACCAUUGCCAGAUUUCUCAUCUCCUACAGAAAAUAUGGCAUCACAAACCCUACCUCCACGACUGGAUAGACUCACAGAUUCAGUGGAUGGGCAUCCCUUCUGUGAAAAGCAGGAAUAUUCAGAUUAUGACGGUGGGACGGAGUCUGAGAAGUUGAAUAAUGAAGGUAAGAUCCAGAAAGCUCAAGAGAUCCAGACGGAGGACAUUGACCACAAGUCUGAGGACAGCAUAGUUGAAGAACUGAGCCAAGAUGAUCAGAGUGACAUUGACAUUGAGACGGUACAUUUAGUGGAGGUUGAAAGCAACAUCAUCAGCUUCACUGAUAUGAGGAAACAAGCGGCAUGCGCAGCAGUCCUGGAGGACCAGUCUGGGCAACAGUCAGCAAAGCCAAAAGACAUGGCAAAGGAACAGAAGGAUAGUGAUAUGAAGGCAGAGAUAUUGAGGGUGGAAGAACAAGGGAAGAGAGUUCAAGAAAACAGCCAGAAGCAUAAGACAAAACAGGAGCAAGAGACAAUGAAGUUAAAUAUGGGCAGAGAAAGAAUGGAAGAAGAGAUAAAGAUGAUGGAUGAAGAACAUGAUAAAGCCAAUAUGUCAAGGAGACUGGAAGAGAAGAGUAUGAGUGCUCUGGAAGAAGAGGAGAGGAGGAGAGUAAAGGAGGAAGUUGAGACAGAGAUGGUGAAAGGACAUCCCUCCCCUGCAGAAAAGUUAGAGUCUGAUGAUAAAGUCUUGAGAGUCCCAGAAGAAUGUGAAAAAGAAGGAAAGAAAGGCAGGAAUAAAGGCAAGGAGAUCCUGAUGGAGGACAAAGAACCUAUGAUGAAGCCCGAAAAGACAGCACAUGCAAGUUCAGAGAAUAUUCUACUGAAGUCACCUUUACAAGGAGGUACUUAUUGA